CAAAGUUUUCAGGUCUACAAUUACAUAUGCAACGAUUCUAUCUAAUCUCAAAAACGAAGUGGUGCGUGUUGCAACGAAUUAGGCUGGUAUUGAAAAAACCGUUGAGAAAAAACAAGUCGUACGAGGGCUUGCCGUUAGUCUAUUUGUGUUCACACCCUGAAGACUACUAAGGCGAUCGCAUGCAAAGGGAUGAGGGGGAACCGGUAUCAUCGGAACGUUCCAUGCUUUGGGAUGUCCUGCACCACUUGCGACAUGUCGAUUUAAUAUAUUUCGUAGGAAAGUUCUACGAGUUUCUCAAAGAGGCAAAGCUGUUGCCAAUUAUAAUUCCAUGCGGUUUGGCAUUGUUUACUGUACCCCUUCUACCCGUUAUUAUUGCAAUUGUGAUCCAUUGCGUAUAUUACGGAAUCAGUGAGGGUGCUUGGCUCGAUCGGCACGCCUUGAACCUGCUAUUCCUGGGCCUGGUGUUCACGCGGCUGAUCAUCUAUUACGUAUCAUGUCUGGGCUAUGCCGAUUACGUCCCACCGAAGUGUCCAUUCGCAUGCACGUGUCUGCAAAACGAUGAGAUCUGCAUGUUCAUCUCGGAGCUCCUUGAGUGGGUAUUUGGACAAUGGAAGAACAGUUUGCAGCUUCAGCGCAGCGUCUACGGCGCUCUACGAAACGAACUGGAAAACUUUUUUUUGAGGCUUCGUGUGUAUGGUAUCACUUGGGGAGAGCCUACAUUUGCUAUAAGGAACGCUCGGGUAACUAAGAUAGAGAUAGAUCCUCUGACUGCAAAACCACAGCUGCUCGAGUUCGAUCUACAGUUUAAUUUUCAAGGAGAGAUUACGUUAAGUGUCAUGACCUACAGGAACCACCAGGUUGAUGUAACACUCAAGUCGUGGGAGGCAAACUUACGGGUUCAUAUAGCAGAACUUCCCUAUCCGAGCUUCUUUGUUGCCUUCACUGAGAUGCCUAAAUUCAACAGUUCGCUACGUACGACAAUGAAGAUGGCAACCGGAGGCCUCACGCACACCACAAUUAAGGCAGCUUUGAGGCGCACUAUCAAGAAACAAAUGGUUCUACCAAAGUACCGUCUUCACUACAUAUCCCCACUCGGAGGGAAAAAACUCUUUCUACCUUACAAACCGAUGGGUUGGAGUUCUACAAUGGAGGAGUCUACUUUAAGCAUUCGUCUAAUUUCGUGUUCGCGAUUAGCAGUUAUGCCUACAACGAAUGUGCAAGCCUUAGUACAGUUGUCACGGCGCCCACUUUUUAACAUGGACCAAGUGACAUUCAAACCGUUCGUGAAGUUCGAUAUCAAAGCUCGAGUUAGCCGUGAAGUCGCUGCGGGAGUCGUGUUGACCGAUGAGGUCCGUGACCCUGACCAUUUGCCAUAUGUCAAAGUGUUGCAUAUUGCUCGAGGCAGUCGAUUUGAUGGUUGCCUGAAAGUUGGAGACUUUCUUCAAACAAUUAAUGGAGUAAGCAUAAGGGGAGUGAAGGAUGGUCGGGCGCUACUAGAUGAAGUUGAUGGAGACGUAAGGCUUCAGGUAGUCCGACUUCAUCCAUUUAAUUGGUCCGCAAAAAAAAGACGAAUGACUCCUGCGCACGGACUUAGGAUCUCAAAAAAGUUUGGCUAUCAACGAAACCUGGAAGGAUGGCCAAAAUGCUCGCGUGAGGAUGAUUACCAAAUCGCACAGAGUGUGGUUGAAGCAAAAUUUGGGGAAAUUGGAGAUGUCAUACACAGGACCGACAGGGUGCAGGCUUCAGCAGCCAGCUUCAAUAAAACGUUCGAAUUCCAGCUGAAUAGAAACCUAUUAUACUUGAACGUCGCCGUGCUUGCGGUAAUCCCAGAAUUUAAAAUCGAACCGAUUUUGCUUUGCUUCACAGCGAUACCAAUGAGCCAUAUCAUCCCAAAUUGCUAUCAAAGCCUUUCAGGCUUUUUUUCGCAGAUUUAUCCGUUGCUGAAUCCUCACGUUGCCUGCUCGCAUUACCGUCUUCCAUACAUGUUCGAGAGCUACGUGAAUGCGCAUGGAUUUGACCCACGUUGCUGCUACGGAGACAUCAAACUUGCUUUUACGUGUGCUCCCAAAGCGUCGCUAGCGUCUUGAAAUAUUCUCUCGCAUCAAAUAAAUGCAAAUUGUUCCAUAAGUUACAU